AUGUGGGUCAUUGAGAAUGGACGAGGGCCAGAGCCUUGCUGGGGGAACAGACUGGAGAGAGAACAGCAGGACCAGAAUAACCAUCCUACCAGGCUCCUUGCCCGAACCAGACGUCCAGUCAACACCACCACCUGGCAACAUGGCUCCUGCUCAGCACUCCACCAGGACAGGGUGAGUCCGGCCACCCAGCCCUCCUCUUAAUCCACAGCAGAAUGGACUGAAGCCAGACCUCUCCCAUAUCCCAAAUGAAAAACGCGUCAAACUCCGUUCAAUGAGCCCCAUGGUGAGAACAUGAGAGAGAAGAGCCGUAAGACCUGAGCAUCUGUUCACCUCUUUGACACUAAUGAAUGUUAAGUAGGUUAGCCGGUGGUGUGCCACCGUCCCAGAGGUCAUUGUGACCGGGGUGGCAGAGGGAUGAUGGCUUUGUGUCCGUGCGCCAGCCACCCGGUGAGGGGCCGAAAAUGGCUGGAACGCUAACUCCUGCUCACACAAUCACCAGCGCCGAUGGUAGCCAUAUUGAUCCUCUGUGCUACCAGAUUAAAGUAUAAAGAGAGCUCUGUCCUGCCAGUGGGGGUCCCCUCUGACUCCCAGAGGUCAUUUCGGGGUCACGGAGCCCUUGCAGCCCCCUGACCCACAACCAAACGUGUACACACACCAGGGGCAGGACACAGACCUUGCAGGGAUGAACCCCAUUAAACAAGACCGGUUGGAUGCUCACAUUCAGCUCUCAUUAUAGCUGACCCUGGGCUUUCUCUUUGGAUCUGGCUGCUCUCUGGUUUUGUCUCAAAUUUUAACCUGGUCCGGUCCAUGCUGGGGAGCUAACCCCGCUCUUUUGUGUGGCCGUAAUAGGUUUGCCGUGUGCAUGAUUGUCUUCUGAACCCGAUCUCCUCGUCCGCGGUGCCAUCUUGUGUCGGAUAAUGGUCUCAUUGUUUUCCGACACCUGUGGUUCCUCUGGUGUGCGCUUAGUGUGUUGUUCUUGUUCUUUGUGUUGCUAUGGGAGUCCUUUGUUGGAGUGUGCGACGUUGCUGAAUUUCUGCGGCGUGUAUUUACAAUAUUAUUUUGCGUUUCUGUCUGUAGUAUCUGUUGUCAUGAGGCUUGUUGUGUGUGUGUGUGUGUGUGUGUGUGUGUGUGUGUGCGUGCUCCCUCAUGCAAUCAUAUGUCCCUGUAUUGGCCCUUUAUUGCUGACCUCAACAGGAUGCUCUGAUCAGGAUGCUCUGAUCCCUGGUUCUCUGUUCGCUGUGCUGCAGCCUUGAUUAAACGUUGAUUAAAUGCCUAUUAAUGUACGCUGGCUCACAGAGAGGGUGUAAUCAGGUGAAAGUGAAUUAAUAAAACAUCCCGUCUAGUACUCAGGAGAGGAGAAAGGGGUCCCCUGAGAAACACAGGCAGAUGGCCACGAAAAUCUGAGAGAGGAUAAGGGAGAGUGGGAGAGGAGACAGAGAGGGUAGAGGGAGCGAGACCAGCCACCACUUUGGCGAUUAGCCCUUAAUUGGUAAUUUGAUCUUCCUUUUUCCACCUACUCGUUAUUGAUAAGCUCCCAACAUAUUUCCCCUGUCACUGCCCCUGGACCAGCAGCUCUGCAUUUCCUGCCCUCUGAUGACAGGAGCCUGGCAGCCCACACUGCGGCCAUGCAACGGUAAACAGCGCCCCCCCUGGCAGGAAGUGCCUGAGGUCGGUGGAGAGGAGAAGAUGGGUGGGGUGGGAGACACAAGCUAGUGGAAACUCCAUCUGCCAGGAAUCUACCUAAUCUCAUUAUCUGAAUUGGACAAGGAAAAUGGGAACGCCAAUCACUUUAGGCAACCCUCACCGGGAUAAUGUGUAUUGUGAUGACGGGUCAAUGAUGACGGGUCAUCAAAAAGGAAAUUAGGAGGGGGUGCUGGGUGGCGCAGCGGUCAAAAGCACUGCACCACAGUGCUGAGGCGCCACUACAGCCUGGGGUACGAGCCAAGGCUGUGUCACAACCGGCCGUGACCGGGAGCCCCAUAGGACGGCGCCGUCCGGGGUAUGGGAAGGUUUGACCGGUGGGGCUUUUCUUGGCUCAUCGUAGCGACUCCUUGUGACAGGGCCAAGCGCCUGCACGCUGACUCUGGUCGUCAGUCGAACAGUGUUUCCUCCGACACAUUGGUGCGGCUGACAUCCGGGUCAAGCGAGCGGUGUGAUAAGAAGUAGGCGGCCAGGCGGGUCAUGUUUCGCAGGACGCACCGCCUCUCCCGAGCCCAUUGAGGAGUUGCAGAGAUGAGCCAAGGGACCUAAUUUGUGGAGGAAAAAAAUAGGCUUGUGGCCAUACCACCCUGAACACACCUGUUCAGGGUGGUUAGUACUGGGACGGGAGACCGCCUGGGAAUACCAGUUGCCGUAAGAUCAAAAAUAUAAUAAAUAAAUAAAUAAUAUAAAAGUAAAUUAUGAAGAGGAUAGAUUGAUCAGAUUGGAAUGACCCCACUUCCCUGCCAUGUUCACUGGGGUGUAGUUUUACACCAUUAAUAUGACAUGUAAUUACCGUCUG